AUGGGUGCAAAACAUUUCAAUGGGGGAAGUAUCGGAUGGGCUCCUGUUGAUCCUUAUGAUAAUUCCACGUCAGUUAAUAUUACUAUUACACAGACUUAUUCAUGGACAUAUCCAUAUAUAAAAUGUGCCAAUAAUGUGCCGAGCUCGACUAGUGGAUGGAGCCGUGCCAACACUAAUCUAACUUGUGUAGUUGAUUGUUCAACUGAUGGUGGUUAUUCUACUAAACCAAUUGAUAUUCUUACCGAUUGUAUAUCAGCUAGUUCAUCGAUGAAAAUGAUGACAAGUGAACGAUCAAAAAGUGUUACUCUAUCUGCUGAUGCACACUUUUAUAUAGCUUAUAGAGGAAGUGCUUGGGUAGCAUUGAAUGAUCCUGCUGAACAAGGUCUUGACUGGUCUAUUGUAACAUACAUUGAUCUUCGUAAACGACCAGAUGGUUUCAUUAAUACUCCACCUGUUGCCAAAGUUGUUUCUCCACAAUAUGCUAUUGUAAAUAAAACAAUACAAAUAAAGAUUCCUGUGUCAGAUGCGAAUGCUGGUGAUGAUGUUCGUUGUCGAUGGUCAACAUAUACAACUGGAUAUCGAAGACGAAAACGAUCCGACCAAGAAGAAUAUAUCAAGCAUCGAUCAAAUGUUCAUUUUCAGAGCAAAGCAGCUAGUGAUAGAGAAUUCAUUCAUAUUAGAAAAAAAAGAGCAAGUUGUGGUGGUGGCUGUGGCUCUUCAUGUGUAUUUGGCUGUGACUGCGGUUGUAAUGGUUGUACUGGCACAUCAUGCACUGGUACGACAUGUGCUACUAGUGGAGGUUGUCUUGCGACAACCUCAACGCAUGCCACGACCACAACCGUUGCAACAACAACAACCGUCGCAGCAACCACAACCGGUGCGACAACGACCGUUGCAACGACUACAACCGUUGCAACGACUACAACCGUUGCAACGACUACAACCGUUGCAACAACAACAACCGUUGCAACGACUACAACGGUUGCAACAACUACAACCGUUGCAACAACAACAACCGUUGCAACGACUACAACCGUGUCAACAACCACAAUCGGUGCGACAACAACCGUUGCAACGACUACAACCAUUGUAGUAACAACAACUCUUGUGAUGACCACAACUGGUGCGACAACUACAACCGUUGCAGCGACUACAACUGUUGCGGCGACUAUAACCGAUACGACAACCACAGCCGUUGCAGCAACGACAACAGGUGCAACAACUGCAACUGAUACAGCAACCACAGCUGUUGCAGCAACGACAACAGGUGCGACCACUACAACCGAUACGACAACUACAAUCAAUACAACUACUACAGAAACUCCCGGAACACCAAGGUCGACUUCGACGUAUCCAAUUCGUCAGGCGAUUGACGAAUGUGGUGGUAUUUGUUAUCCAGGCAGUGUGCCUAAUGGUACAACAAUGUCUAACUGUACUAUCACAUUCACAGGCCAUAAAGCUGGUGUCUGGUAUGCGGUGGCUAUUCAGGUUGAAGAUUUUAUUGAUGGAACAAGUACGACACCAUUGAGUUCAGUACCAGUUCAGUUUUUGAUUUAUGUUCAAGCACAACCAGCUUGUUCAAAAGAACCUGUAAUUAUUCCUCUAGAUCGUUGUCUAGAAGUACAAGUUGGUGUCACAAUCAGCUUUAAUCUAUCUGCAAUGAAUUUAUGUAAUCAGACUGUAGCUACACUUACUGAUAUUGUGGUUUCCAGUGGAAUUACUGGUAUGACUCAUGGAGCAGAUAUUUGA